AUGACGGUUCAUAAGUUACCGUUGAAACAGAAAGCAAUUAUUGGACUUGAAGAUGGCAGCUUGGGUAUAUCCCACGACGUCGAUCUUCCGAGACUAGAAGAAGACAUGAUCCUAAUCAAGAAUAAAGCCGUUGCUUUGAAUCCGAGCGACACAAAAUUCGUCGGCAAGUUAGGGAUUCCGGGUGCAGUGGCAGGAAUGGAUUUUGCGGGUGAGGUGGUGGCAACUGGUUCAAAGUGCCAGACAGCUACACACAUCAACAUUGGGGACCGCAUAUGUGGUGCAGUGUUGGGAAUGGAUCCGUUGAGACCGAGAGUGGGGGCCUUCGCCGACUUCGUAGGAGCAGCAGAUAUUGCAGCGAUGAAAAUACCGGAGUAUAUUUCAUACGAACAGGCAGCGACCCUGGGUAGUAGUAUUUCGACAAUUGGACUAGCUCUGUUCAAAUCAUUGCAAGUCCCGGGUACACCAAAGAACCCGGCGAAAAAGCCAGUAGAUGUACUCGUCUACGGUGGCAGCUCAUCCACGGGGGCUUUAGCUAUACAACUACUAAAACUAAGGUCGCUCAAGUUUACUCUGGACUGCAUUUCAGAACCUGAGACAAUGCGAUUCUGCUACCAAUGUCUUGGAAGAACAGGUGGAAAAUAUACCGCCUUGGAACCAUACCCAGAGUUCCUUCAUGAUCGGCCUCGUACUGUUGUACCAGACUGGGUACUUGGUCCUACUGUCUGGGGCAAGGAAAUAGGCUGGCCAGCGCCAUUUGCUAGAGAAGCAAAUGAAGAGAAUCGGAACUUUGGGAUCGAGUGGUUUCAAACCGUGCAAUGGCUUUUAGACGAGGGCAAAUUGAAAACGCAUCCAAUCCAACUUGGGAGUGGUGGGCUGGAUGGUGCCUUGGAAGGACUUGAGUUUCUCAGAAAGAAGCAGAUUUCGGGACGUAAACUUAUAUAUAGUCUCAGUUAG